AUGAAUCAUUUACAAAAUGGCUCUCCAGCAUUAGAUAUGAAAAGAAUUGAAGCUGCAAAAGCUAAUCGUCAGUUGCAGCUUGAAAACUGGAGGAAUUAUGAGCGACAGAUGCAGACAUCAGAUAAACAUCCAAAAAAAAUUCGUCCUCGUAAAUCACAUCAUUUAAACGUGAAAUUUACCGAUAACUGCGUUCUACUUGAUGCUACUCUCCGUGGAGAUUGUGAGGAAGUUGAAUAUUUGCUUUCACAUGGAAUAAAUCCAAAUAUAUCUAAUGUCGACGGACUGACAGCUUUACAUCAAGCAUGUAUAGAUAAUGAUAGUAUUUUAUGCAAUCUUUUGCUUAACUAUGGUGCAAAUGUGAAUGCCCGCGAUGCAGAUCUGUGGACACCUUUGCAUGCUGCUUCUACAUGUGGUUAUUUACAAAUCUGUCAGUUGUUAAUCAAACGCGGUGCAGAUUUGAAAGCUUGCAAUGCCGAUGGAUUAAUUCCCUAUGAUAUAUGUGAUGAUGAAAAAACGUCGGAUUUUCUUCAAAGUCAAAUGCAUAAGUUUGGUAUAUCACCUGAAGAUAUCGAAGAAGCUCGUUCUGCACCAGAAAUGAAAAUGCUCUCAGAUCUCAAAGCAGCGCGUUUAAAAAGAUACAAUUUAAACAUACUAGACGCACAAGGUGCUGCUCCAAUUCAUGUUGCUGCAGCUUGUGGAUAUUGUGAGGUCGGCCUCUUUUUACUCCAGUCUGGUGUAGAUCCUAACAGUUUAGACGCAGAUGGAUGGACACCUUCUCAUGUUGCUGCUUGCUGGGGUGAACUGGAAAUGAUCAGGUUACUUGUGUCCCAUGGAGGUGAUCUUACUAUACCAACGCCAGAUGGUAGGACAGCAUUCACAAUAUGCGAUAAUGACGAAACUCAUGAUGAAGUCUGCACAAUUUGGAAUAUGAGAGAAAAACUUAGAUCAUGUGCCAAAUUAAUGGAUUCAAAUGCUUCUGUCAAACCUUUUCGACGCAGAAGAAGUGGAUCUUUAAUUCAUCGGAGCUCACUCAGAGAUAAGUCAAAUUUAUCAAGACGUGAAGCGAAAGAAGAAGCUCAGUUUGCUCACUCAUCUUCAAUAUGUUUAACUGAUGUACCAUCUGGUUACGAAAAAGAUGACCGAACCCGACAUGAAAAUUUCGACAUUAUUUCGGGCGAUAGAAAUAUUUUGCACACUUCUGCCGUUUUCAAAAACAGUAAUCUAACUGGUUCACCGAAACCAAGAAAACAAAAGUCACUAACAUCUAAUCAAAUUGAUGACAGAAAACGUGAUUCACGUUUUUCUGUUCCAUUGAAUUCAGAUGAUUGUGAAUGCACAUCAGAAGAAUACACACAUUCUGUUGAUAAUACUAUGCGUAAUUCUCAGAUAAAGGAAUUGAAAGUUCGAAAUGAUUUCCCCAAUCAACGGGAGAUUACAAUUUUAUCUACUCCUGACACUGAUUUAAAGAGUAAAUAUACUAAUGGUCAAACAACAACCAUGGAAAAACGUGGUCAUAUUGAAUCAAUGUGCUCUUCUAAUGAUUCUAACUCAAUCAUUCAGUCAAAUAGUUUGAAAUAUCUGACAGACAGAGAAGUUCAUAUUAAUAGUACGAAUUAUCCAUACAAGAACACUUUCUCUAGCGAACUGUCAUUACCGCAAUAUAUUGAUCAAGAUAGAAUAACUGACAAUUCUCAGCAUUCCUUCAUUCGUCAAGAAUGUUGUCGAAGAUGUACAAUACUAUAG